GGAGGUGGUAGAGCACUAAUAGCUGCAACAACACAGCUAGCUAGCUAGGAUACCUACUAACUGUCUACCAUUGAAGAGAGACUACCCAUGACCUCCAUGCUGUGUGGACUAGUGUGUGUGGUCCUGCUCUCUGGGCUCACUGCACUGGUAGGGGGACAAGUCUACCUGACUCUGGGAUCUGACCCUAUCAUCACUGAUAAUACUGAGAUCCUCAUCACUGCCAUUGGAGAGGAUGGUGGUCUCCCUUCUCUCACCUGUCACACUGACCUCACUACCUGCUGUAGAGGUGGUGACAACAAUGAUAAUAGAGGGCUAGGACAGUGGACGUUUCCUGAUGGGAGUGUGAUACUGCGCAAUGGUGCCUCAACGACUGCUGGACAGCAGUUCUACAUUAACAGGAAUGCACCUCAGGUCAUCAGACUAUAUCGUAGAGAGGCUAACAACCCCAUCACUCCAACCGGGUCCUACUGUUGUACUGUACCAACUAGUGGAGGAGAGAUGACCCUCUGUGCUAACCUGGUUGCACCAGUCUGUUCUGAUAAUCUCCCGACCAUCUCUAAUGGAGGCAUAACCUAUGCUGGUGGGUCCACUGACAACAGACCAGUGGGUGCUACAGCUAAUUACAGCUGCUUUGGUCCCUACACUCUGGUAGGAGAGGCAGUGAGGACUUGUGGGAGUGAUGGAGAGUGGAGCUCAACACCAGCUCCAGUGUGUCAGCUGAUAAUCUGCUCUGACCUACCGUCACUGACAAAUGGGAACAUUGACUAUGGUGGUGCUGGAUCCACUAACAGCAGACCAGUGGACACUGUGGCCACCUACACCUGUAACCCUGGCUACACUCUCAAUGGAGGCACCACCAGGACUUGUGGGAGUGAUGGAGUGUGGAGUGAGCCAGCUCCAAUGUGUCAGCCUGAUUGCCCUGACUUACCCUCACUGACCAAUGGGAUGAUUAUGUACAGUGCUGGAUCCCCUGGCAACAGACCUUUCCUCUCUAAUGCUGUGUACUCCUGUAACACUAGUUACACUCUCACUGGAGGUACUCUCAUUGCAGGUACCACCAGGUUCUGUGUGAAUGGAGGGAGCUGGGAUGGGUCACCUCCAAGUUGUCAAGGAGCUUGUAUUGAUUUACCACCACUAAUGAAUGGAGGCAUUAACUACACUGCUGGACUUCCUGAUAGGAGACCUAUUAAUACCCUUGCUUUGUUCACCUGUGACAAUGGCUACACUCUCACUGGAGGGAGUUUCAGAGCCUGUCAGAAUGAUGGAACCUGGAGUGUAUCACCUCUAACCAGCUGUCAAAGACUCACUGAACCACCCACCACCUGUCCUGACCUGAUUGCUCUGACCAAUGGAAUGAUCAGCUACAAUAUGGGGACUGCUAGUCUGAGACCAGAGGACACUGUGGCCACCUACACCUGUAACACUGGCUACACUCUCAAUGGAGGCAGCAUCAGGACUUGUGGGAGUGAUGAAAUGUGGAGUGGGUUAGCUUCAACUUGUCGAGUGAACACAGGACCCACUAUCUGCUCUGACUUACCCCCACUGACCAACGGGAUGAUUAUGUACAGUGCUGGAUCCACUAACAACAGACCUCUCUUUUCUGGUGCUACACACUCAUGUAACCCUGGUUACACUCUCACUGGAGGGGAUGCCACCAGGACCUGUGUGAGUGGAGGGAUCUGGGAUGGGUCAUCUCCAACUUGUCGAGGAACUUGUUCUGAUUUACCACCACUAAUGAAUGGAGGCAUUACCUACACUGAUGGACUUGCUGACAGUAGACCUAUUAAUAGCAUUGCUACCUACACUUGUGACAAUGGCUACACUCUCACUGGAGGGAGUUUCAGAGUUUGUCAGAAUGAUGGGACCUGGAGUGGAACAGCUCCAACCUGUCAAUUGAACACUGGACCCACUGAACCACCCGCCACCUGUCCUGACCUCACUGUACCAGCCAAUGGAAUGAUCAGCUACAAUAUGGGGACUGCUAGUCUGAGACCAGUGGGCACUGUGGCCACCUACACCUGUAACACUGAUUACACUCUCAAUGGAGGCAGCACCAGGACUUGUGGGAGUGAUGGAGUGUGGAGUGGGUCAACUCCAACUUGUCAAGCUACCUGUCCUGACCUCACUGUACCAGCCAAUGGAGUGAUCAUCUACAGCUCUAGUACCACACCACGCCCUCAGGGAACCAUGGCUACACAGAGCUGCUUGAAUGGAUACGUACCCUCCACUACCAGCACUGCUACCAGAGUGUGUGGAGCUGACAGAUUGUGGAGUGGAUCAGCUCUCAUUUGUCAAUUACCUCCUGUCUACGUCUCCAUGGGAACCACCGACUAUGCUGUUAUGAACUCACAGGUUGCCAUAGACACUAUCGGAGAUACCAUUGAGACAGCAUUGACUUGCAGAACUGACUCAACUAUUUGCUGUAGGAGACAAGAUAAUCCCAAUAGUGCCAAUGGAUUAGGAGAUUGGCUACUACCAAAUGGAACAGCUGUCACUAGGAGUCUGGACAUUACUGAUCCAGACACUGAUCUACUGUACAGUGUUGGAGAUACAGGUGCACUCAGACUCCAUCGUCGAGGGUCUGUGUCAGGCCCCACUGGCUCCUACUGCUGUGUGAUAAUGUCCAUCAGUGGAGAGAUCACCUUUUGUGUGCAGUUAGUGACUGAAGUCAUCACUACCUCUCUUCUCAUCACCACCACUACUGGAAAGGAUACUGUACCCACUGGAGCUAACAACACAGGAGGUGUGGUGGCAGGUGUAGUCAUUGUGUUACUCAUUCUAGCCGCUGUCAUUGUGGUGGGUAUCAUUGUCGGGGUCUACUUCUGGAGGAAACUUCGUGGCAACCAGACCAAGUACAGGCCCUCCCCAUGCCAUGCCCCUCCCCCUCGCCCUACCCCCUAUCAAGCAUUCUUCAAGAAGAGCAACGAACAAGACAGUAAAGUCACCAUUGAGAAAGUUGACGAACCUAGUAUAGUAGAGUUUCCUAGUGAUACUCAUGUGACGGAGGGGGAGGAGGUGUAUCUGAGGGUGAAGGUGGGAGGUCACCCUCCACCCAGUCUCACCUGGUACCACGAUGGUAGGAAGGUGACUGCAGACUAUGCCACAGAACUGGACCAGGACGGUGGAUUAUCCUUCCCUAGUGUGGAGACUAAGCAUGCUGGUGUGUAUAAACUGGUGGUUACUGGAGCCUCAGGGUCAACAACACAACAGGUCGUCACGGUAACAGUGAUGAGUGAGGGUGGUGAGGCUAGUGAGGGGGUGGAGGGGGUGGACUACGCCCCCAUACCUGUGACAGAGUUUGGAGCGUACGUGGCUGACCUCCAUGCUGGCAGCAAUAAGAAGUUCAAAGAUCUUUAUAAAAAUCUGGACAGUGGGGAGAGGGGUCAUCCAGUGAUUAUUUCAGUGACUCCUGAGAACAAACUCAACAACAGAUUUGGCAACAUUGCUGUGUAUGAUGACAACCUCAUUAUCCUAGACCCCAUCCCUGGACAAGAGGACUGUCAGAGUGACUACAUCAAUGCCUGCUAUGUAGAUGGGUACAAGAAGCCAAAAAGGUUCAUAGCAACACAAGGACCACUACCCAAUACCCUGGUGGACUUCUGGCGUCUCAUGUGGCAGGAGAGACCACCCAUAAUAGUCAUGCUCACCAACCUCAAGGAGAACAACAAGAUCAAGUGUCAACAGUACUGGCCAGAGUCUGGGAAGAAGCAGUUUGGCCCAUUCACAGUGGCCAUUACAGAUCAGCAGAUACUGGCUGACUACACCAUCAGAACACUGGAGGCUUCAUUGGAUGGAGACCGCCGUGUCCUGAGAGUCAAGCUAUUCCAUUUCACUGCCUGGCCUGAUCACGGUGUGCCUGAGUAUGCCACGCCCAUUCUUGCAUUCCAUCGUCGGGUCCAGUCCCAACACAAGCCAUCGAAAGGUCCUAUUCUGAUCCACUGCAGUGCUGGUGUGGGACGCACAGGCACUUACAUUGCCAUUGAUAAUGUCCUCGAUCAGAUCUCAGUCGAUGGUCUCAUCGAUAUUUCUGGUACCAUUGUCAAAUCUCGCAACCAGAGGAUGAAGCUUGUACAAACACAGAACCAAUAUGUGUUCAUCCACGAUGCUAUCCUGGAGUCAAUGACAUGUGGAGACACUCAGAUCAGUGCUGGAGAUCUGCGCAGACAGAUACAGAAGAUGUCAUUAGUGCCCCCGGGAAAAACCAUCUCAGAUUUCCAAUACCAGUUCCAAAUUCUGGAACAAGUUACUCCAAAUCCUAAAGAAGUUCGAAGUCCUAUUGCUGUUAAGAAUGCUGCCAGGAACAGGAACAUGGACUACCUGCCACCUGAGACCAGUCGUGUGAUUCUGAAGAGAGAGCAACCUGACUACAUUCAUGCUGUGUUUGCUCAUGGCUACAAGCAUCAGAAGGCAUACAUCAUUGCCCAGAAUCCACUGGACUCAACUGUACGUAACUUCUGGAAGGUGAUCUAUGACAGGAAGUGUGCGGCUGUUGUGAUGUUGACUCCACUCAGUGAGAAUGGGCAGGAGGCAUGCUCCCAGUACUGGCCAGAGAGUGGCAAUGUCACCUCCUUCGGUGAGUUCACCAUCGAUAACUUGGGGGAGGAAACCAACACUGGGUUCAUUAUGAGGCGACUGAGCGUCCUCAAUGAAAAGACCCAAAAGGCCCAUCAAUUGACUCAGUUCCACAUCACUAACUGGAAUAGCAGUGGAAAGUGUGAGAACUUCAAGGCUGUAACUGACGUGAAUGAGGAGGUUAUAAAGGUUCAAAGAAGGACUGGAAACAACCCUGUACUGGUCCAUUGCAAUGACACUGCGACCCGCUCUGGUAUGUACUGCUCUGUAGCUACUACCAUUGACCGUUGCAAGACAGAGGGAGUGGUGGAUGUGUUCCAGGUGGUCAAGGCUCUCAGGGUCCACAAGCCAGGGGCAGUACCCUCAGUUGACAACUACAAGGAUCUGUUUGAUGCUACUCUGGUCUACUUGGACUCCUUUGACAACUAUGCCAACUUCCAAGAUAUUUGAUGUACAUGAACUACCCAAGAAAUGAACAAAUUAAUUAUGCAUGAACUCUGUUGAGUAUAAUAGAUUUGCAUGUCGGAAUAAUUUAUAGAGAUAUUAAUUUAUACAAUCCAUAGAGCUCUUUAUUUUGUGUAAUCGGCACAGCUGUUUGUAAUCACCCUGAAUUCAAUGAAUG